CAAACCACAUUCACGCAAUGUGAUCAGCGCUGGAAUAUACUACACGAUCAACCACCAAUAUAGCCUUUCUAAACAUGUACCUUGAAAUAACCGUUAUUUGACUGCAGAAAUAGCGCCGCUUCCUUUGUGUUUUUUCUUCGAGGAGCAACUAUAUUCAAACGUAUUGAUGAGAGACUGAGGACAAAGACGUAGAAUGAGGUGCGGGUGGUUAUCUGGCGUUUUGCUUCUGUGCUUUGUGGAGCUGAUUUGGGCCCAACUAAGAUACUCGAUUGCAGAAGAAGGCAGAGUGGGCGCGGUGGUUGGUCAUGUCGCCAAGGAUUUGGGACUUGAUAUCAGUACUUUGGUUAGCCGACGGUUCCGUAUCGUUUCUGGGACGAAUCACGCUCUAUUUAAUCUAAAUCUGAACAAUGGCGUCUUGCAUGUUGAGAAGAAGAUCGACCGCGAAGAGCUUUGUGAGACAAACAUAUGCGUUAUAAAUCUCAAAGUCGUCGUUGAAAACCCAUUGGAAAUACACUACGUUGCUGUCGAAAUAACGGACGUCAACGACCAUUCUCCCACUUUUCCGGACACUGAACAGCAUUUGGAAAUCCCAGAGCAUAUUCCGCCAGGUACUCGCUUCCAAAUCCAUGCAGCUCGGGACCCAGAUGUUGGCAUAAAUGCAGUCCGUUUCUACCGACUAAGCACGAAUGACCUUUUUGAUUUUGAAGUUACAGAUAGUGAAGAGGACAAGAUUCCGUUUCUAGUGUUGAAAAAGCCAUUAGAUAGAGAGAACCAGGCAGAACAUGUCUUAGUGCUGACGGCUCUUGAUGGGGGAAAUCCUUCCAAAAGUGGGAAACUCAACUUGACUAUAACCGUUUUAGACACAAACGAUAAUCGCCCUAUAUUUAGUCAAGAUACAUAUACUGUCUCGUUAGUUGAAAAUGCCCCUUUUGGUACUCUCGUGGUCAAAUUAAACGCCACAGAUUUGGAUUUGGGUUUGAAUAGUGAAAUUGAAUACAGCUUUGGCAAAACGCAAAAGAAAAAAGUGCUGGACGCCUUUUCGUUGGACAGUAUUACAGGCGAGAUUCGAGUGAAAGGUAUGGUGGACUUUGAGGACACGGAGAUUUAUAGAGUUGCCCUCCAGGCUUCUGAUAAAGGUCAGCCACCCUGGAACGCAGAAGGGAGAGUUAUUAUUAAAAUCAAAGAUGUGAACGAUAAUAAUCCAGAUAUUGAAAUCACGUCCCUAUCAAACGUGGUCCCCGAGGAUGUAAAAGCAGGCAGUGUGAUCGCACUCAUUAGCGUGACGGACCGGGAUGCAGGUGAUAACGGGAAAGUAAAGUGUACAAUCUCACAAAACGUGCCGUUUGAUUUGACCCCUUCUAUUCAGGACAAUAUGUAUUCUCUGGUCGUAAAGGGACAGCUGGACCGAGAACUGAAGUCCGAUUAUGAAAUUACAAUAACAGCUACUGAUUGCGGUCAGCCUCCACUUUCCACUGUACAGUCUUUAAGUAUUCACGUAUCAGAUGUGAACGAUAAUGCUCCAAAGUUUAGCCGUAGUCCAAUUGAGCUGUACCUAGUGGAGAACAACAUCCCCAGUGCCUCGAUAUUCUCCGUCAGUGCAUUUGAUAACGAUCUGAACGAAAAUGCGGCCAUUUCGUAUAAAAUUGUAAGGGGAGAUGGGCCCAAGAAUGAAAUAGCCUCUUUCUUGAAUAUAAAUAACGAUAAUGGCCAGAUCUUCGCAAUGAAAAGUUUUGACUUUGAAUCUUUAAAGUCGUUCCAAUUCAAAGUCGUUGCUAUCGACUCUGGAACUCCGCCUCUAAGCGGCAACGUCACCAUUAACACGUUUAUCCUGGACCAGAACGACAAUGCCCCGGUUAUUAUGUAUCCCGUGAGUAGUAACGGGACUGCUGAAGGGAUCGAAGAAGUUCCCCGCAAUGUUCCUGCAGGCCACCUGGUGACUAAAGUGAGAGCCUACGAUGCUGAUAUAGGAUACAACGGCUGGCUGUUAUUCUCACUACAGGAAGUGAGUGACCACAGUCUCUUUGGUCUGGACCGCUAUACUGGACGGAUAAGAACACUGCGCUCAUUCACAGAGACAGACGAGGCUCAACAUAAACUGGUCAUACUGGUCAAAGACAAUGGGAACAUGUCACUCUCAGCAACAGCUACAGUGGUUGUCAAGCUGGUGGAGCCCAAAGAGGACAUUUCAGCUUCUGAUGUGAAAGGUUCAACACAACAUAACGACGAGGACAAUUUAUCUUUUUAUCUUAUCAUUACUUUGAGCUCGGUCUCUGCCCUUUUUUUAAUCAGUAUAAUCGUGCUGAUUGCAAUGCAAUGCACCAAAACCACGGACUUAUCCUCCAAGUAUUUACCAGAAACAAACUAUGAUGGAACUCUUUGUCACAGCAUCCAGUACCGAUCUGGAGAGAAACGCUACAUGUUAGUUGGACCCAGAAUGAGUAUAGGAUCUACUAUAGUCCCGGGGAGCAAUGGGAACACCCUAGUGGUCCCUGACAGGAGGAGUACAUCUGCAGAGGUAAGACCGAUCAAAUAUGUGUAA